GGAAUCUGUAGAUAAAAUCCACUGCAACAUAAAUAAUAUUCUCGUUACUUAUAAUUUAGCAAUAAGUUAAAUUAAUUCAGAAUAUGAACAGUUAUGUAACAUAUUCUGCUGUGAAAAUUUUGUAGGAGGACCCAGUGAUCAUCUUCCAAAUAAGUUGAAGUCUAUAUCUUUGAUCAAGUGUCCGCAGUUUACAUCAAAAUGCCGCUGCCGAUGCAGUCAGCUUUGUACCAAGUGAGUGUGGAAGGGGUUGAGAAUUGACAGAAAAGAGAAGUUAAUUGUUUUGUGAGAAAUCUCGAAUUUUGUUUUGCUAUGCGGCGCCUCGCGAAGUAUUUCAGUGACAGCCAUAGUCCUGUUGAGCCAAUGCAAGUAGAUGCACCUCCGGAGGAUAACGAUAAUAAUGAAGAGGAACCAUAUAUUGUGGAAAACCCAACGUUGGAUCUUGAGAAUUUAGCAAACAGUUACACUGGACUUGCACGCUUGUACAGACUGAUGUAUAUAGCAGACCACUGUCCAUCUCUGAGAGUGGAAGCUCUGAAGAUGGCAAUCACAUACGUUAUGUGCACAUACAAUGUAGGAUUGUAUCAGCAGCUGCAUAAAAAGCUUCAAGAAGCACUUGGAACCACUGGAGGUUGUCCAGGAGGGCAGAGUCUGCCAGAUAUUGCAGGUGGUGGCGCACAAUCCACAUCGCAAGAUUUGCCGACACUUGAUCUCGUGUGGGUUGAAUCCAAGUCAAAAAAGGCUGCUCUGAAGUUGGAGAAACUGGAUACAGACUUAAAGAACUACAAAUCGAAUUCAAUUAAAGAGAGUAUAAGACGUGGCCAUGAUGACCUAGGAGACCAUUACCUAGACUGUGGUGAUUUAUCAAAUGCAUUAAAAUGUUAUUCAAGAGCCAGAGACUAUUGCACCAGUGGUAGACAUGUGGUCAACAUGUGUCUCAAUGUUAUUAAGGUGAGUGUCUAUCUGCAGAACUGGUCCCACGUUCUGAGCUAUGUUAGCAAGGCUGAAGCAACGCCUGACUUUACAGAGGUACACGGCAAAGAUAGCAAUCAGACGAUUCUCACCAGGCUGAAGUGUGCCUCUGCUCUAGCGGAACUGGCCACCAAGAAAUAUAAGUCUGCAGCGAGACACUUCCUGCAAGCAAAUUUUGAUCACUGUGAUUUCCCGGAACUGCUGUCUGCCAGCAAUGUUGCGAUGUAUGGUGGUUUAUGUGCCCUCGCUACCUUUGAUCGCCAUGAACUUCAGAAGAAUGUUAUAUUCAGCAGCUCAUUUAAAUUGUUCCUUGAAUUAGAACCUCAGCUUAGGGAUAUAAUUUUCAAGUUUUACGAGUCUAAAUACGCAUCGUGCCUGAAGCUCUUGGAUGAGAUAAAGGAUAAUCUCCUUUUGGAUAUGUAUAUUGCACCACAUGUGAAUGCAUUAUAUACACAGAUACGCAAUCGUGCACUGAUACAAUAUUUCAGUCCUUACUUGUCUGCAGACAUGCAUAAAAUGGCAGCUGCUUUCAAUACUACUGUUUUAGCGCUAGAAGAUGAACUCAUGCAGUUGAUUCUUGACGGACAAAUUCAAGCUCGCAUUGAUUCACACAACAAGAUACUUUAUGCAAAAGAAAUUGAUCAGAGGAGUACAACAUUUGAGAAGUCACUGGCUGUAGGACGCGAGUAUCAGAGGAGGACCCGUAUGUUGAUUUUACGAGCAGCCAUGCUGAAGCAUCAGAUCCAUGUUAAAAGCCCACAGAGGGAGACCACUCAAGGUGGGGAGAUGGCUGUCGCCCCAGGAAAUAGCACCACUCUGCCACCGAGGAACUGAAUGAGACAGUGGCAAGACUGUUCCAUACUGACUCGAGAUAGCCUAUGGAGCUGCUGUGGACAGUGUUCAUAGGAGUCGUGCUGUGCUGCUACCGAUGAGGGUGUAUUUAAGUGUGACUGUGGGGGCCGCUGGGUUGGUGCAGCACUAAAAGACAUAAUAUGCAAUUCCAUUUUUUACAAGCCAUUGGCUACAGCGAGAUCUUUGCCUGGGUUUUACAAGGCAGUUGAUGUGAUUGUUAUGAUGACUUUCGAAACUUGUUGUGUCAUGUGAAAUCAGCACCGCAGCCUGUAACAUUUACUAAAGCAAAUUAGUGCGAUUAACUGGUGCACUGCCAGUUGCAUUCUUCGACUUUGUUUUGAAACAAGACUUGUGCUUAUGGGCUAAAUACAAAUUAAACAUUA